GUUGAUUAGAGAGAAAGAAGGGAGAGGGGAGAGAGAGAUAAAACACUGAAGGGAGAGAAAUAUCUACUGGGGAUUGAGCCAGCAACCCAGGCAUGUGCCCUGACAGGAAUUGAACCUAUGACCUCUUGGUGUAUGGGAUUAUGCUCAACCAACUGAGCCACACCAGCCGAGCAGCAGCAGGCAUUUGAAAAUUUAAUAAUGUUGCCCUAGCUGGUUUGGCUCAGUGGGUAGAGCGUCGGCCUGCAGACUGAAGGGUCCCGGGUUCAAUUCUGGUCAAGGACACACGCCUGGGUUGCAGGCUCAAUCCCCAGUAGGGGAAGUGCAGAAGGCAGCUGAUCAAUGAUUCUCUCUCAUCAUUGAUGUUUCUAUCUCUGUCUCCCUCUCCCUUCCUCUCUGAAAUAAAUAAAAAUAUAUUAUAAAAAAUUUAAUAAUGUUCAACAAUUCUCCCUUGAAAUGAUGGGAAGCCCAAUUAGCAAUAAGUAAAUGUUUGACAGGCAACAGGGACUAGGAAACCAAGAUCCAAAUGUGCUUUUUAGGGGCAAUUUUUUUCUAAGUGACUAGGAGCAUGAUCCAGAGGCAGUAGGUAGUUACUAAAGAGGUCUAGGGUACCACACGAAGCAGGCAUGCAAGAAACACAAUGCCAGGUAUAUUAUUGUAUGGAUUUGAAUACUGCUGAAUAUAAAAAUGAACCCAGCCCUGGUUGGUAGCUCAGUGGUUAGUGUGUCGGCCCUCAGACCUAAGGGUGUUAAUUGCAUAACUCGAUUAGUUAUUUAGUUGACAUUUAGUUGGCCAGUUAAUUCUAACAUUCUAGCCCAUGCUUUCUUUCUGUGCUCCAUGCACAUUUAACAAACUGCCUACUAAACAUUCCCAGUUCCAUCCAGGGCUCUAUAAAUCCAACAUUCAUUCACUAACUCGUUUCUCUCUCCCACACCUGCUCCACCCCAAACUGCUCUUUUUGCAUUUUUUUCCUCAAAGAUGAAGAACAGCAUUGUUCAUCCAAGGGUCCAAACUUCUGAAAUUUAAUAAAGUCUCCUAUCCUUCUCUCAGCUACCUUUGCCCUAAACAUAAAAACCUAUUUGGUCACCAGAUCUUUUCAGUGGUGCUUCCUAUCUUCUCUCCUGUGUUACGGCGGGAGCUCCUCUUCUCCCGUUUCUAGUCUCUUUCCUCCCACACCGUAAUUCUUUCAUUCUGCAGUCAGGGGUUUGACCUUUUAAAUAUGUUUCAUCAUCUUUCCAUUUACCUUUGGGAUAAAAUCCAAAACUUUUAGCACAGUGUAUGAGGUACUUCAUCAACUUGUCUCUCUCUAUCCCUCUAAUCUUAUCUCCCCUCGUCGCUAGUUCCAGGACACAAAACUACCUGUGAUCCCCAAACUUGUUACCCAAUCCUUCACCUUCAUGCUUUUGUUAACACAACCUAGAAUGACCUUUUCUCCAUUUUCUGUCUAGAUAAUCCCUGUUCUAUUAUAAUAUUUCCAACUCCAGCAACACUAUUCCAAAUUGAAUUUUUAAAAAACCCAGCAACUGAAGGAUAGUUAACAGAUGCUACCAUUCCAGUACUCUUUGCUCAACACAGAGUGAAAUUCCUUUUGUGCCUUUCUUUCUGAGACACAGAAUAGAUUUCUCUGUUAGUCAGUGUACUUUUUGCUUCCCAUUGGCUGGUAAUGAGAUUUGGAAUAUACUUUCAACCAAAAUGUUAGAACAAGGGAUCUAGAUGGUGAAGAAAACUUGGUGACAAAACACAAAGAAACCAGGAGAGAGGAAGAGGCGCUCAGCUGUUUUCCUAAAUCCUAUUAGCCAUUUCUCCAUCUCCUUCUCCCCUUCCUCCCCUCUCUCCCUAGCUCUCUGUCCCUGUCUCCCUGUCUCAGUGUCUCUCUGUCUGCAUCUCACACACACGUAUGUGCCUGUGUACACACACUUUUCUUCAGGUAAAAAAAAAAAAAUCCCUCUCUGUGUUCUUUAUAAAUCCCUCGGGUUUAAUAUUUUAUUGCUCCAAGUCUGCCUCCCUGAGGUUCUUGUAUAGACUCGUUAUUUCCCUCUGUAAAGGAGCUGUUUAGUUCAUCUUCGCCUGGUGUGUAAGAACCCAAGGGAGGCCGUUCUUGCAGCCCAGUCCUCCACUCCCCUCCCCGAGAGUCUUGGCUGGAGCCGCGAGUCUGUCAAUCCCGGGCGGGAGACAAGGCAGACAAAGGUUCAUUUGUGAAGCACCUCCUUCCAGCACCUCCUCUCCUCUCCUUCUGCCCAAACUCACCCAGCGAGUUGGAGCAUUUUAAAAGAGUCCUCUGACAAGAAGACCAAAAGGAAAGAAGAAAAGGGGCCAAAAGCCAAAAUGAAAUUUAUAGUACUUGUCACCAUUGGGCUGACUUUGCUGCUAGGAGUCCAAACCAUGCCUGCAAAUCGCCUCUCUUGCUACAGAAAGAUACUAAAAGAUCGAAACUGUCACAGCCUUCCAGAAGGAGUAGCUGACCUGACAAAGAUUGAUGUCAACGUCCAGGAUCAUUUCUGGGAUGGAAAGGGAUGUGAGAUGAUCUGUUACUGCAACUUCAGCGAAUUGCUCUGCUGCCCAAAAGAUGUCUUCUUUGGACCAAAGAUCUCCUUUGUGAUUCCUUGCAACAGUCACUGAGAAUCUUCAAGUAUUCCGGAGAGCACCAUCGCUAAUUUCCAAGAAACUGCAUUUCUACUUUCUAUCCAUGCAAUAAAGCACAGAUUUUAUAAAUUCUCACUUGUCUAAGACAAGUAAACUUGUGUCAAAUAAGUAGUAAUAAAAAUUAAUUCAAUGUAAUGUUUCUCUGUGGACUUUGUUGGCACUGGUUAAAAAUAUUGGCUAGAAACUUUUCAUCUAUGAGGUGUUAACUAUGUUCAAUAAAAGAAUUUUGUUCUGCAGAUGAACAGACACAAUGCUGGCUCAAAG